AUGGGCGCUCUCAGAAGAAUUAAGACAAAGCGCAGGACGAGGGAUUACGAUCAGGUCCGAGCUGAUAUCGAUUCCCCCAAACACCUUUCGCAGUACAAAGCCACCAAGGACCCGGAGGAUCUGCCAGGGCUCGGAAAGCACUACUGCGUUGAGUGCUCAAAAUGGUUUGAAAGCGAACACAACUUAGUUGCUCAUACGAAGGGCAAAAACCACAAGCGGAGAAUCCGUCUCCUACGCGAAGAACCUCAUACGCAAAAGGUCGCUGAAGCUGCUGUUGGUUUGGGUAUUGAUCACGGUGUACGCUCGGAAGAACCCGUCGUCGACAUGGAGGAUUAA